UUCGGCUAAAACGAAUGAGGCCCACUAACCUUGUUGGGCUAAGUGUAAGGCCUGGAUCGAAUCCAAUUUGUAGGAGUCAGCCCAAAUAACCUUAUUGGGCCCAGAGUAGGGCCUUUAUCGAAGUCCAUUUGUAGGAGUCAGCCCAAAUAACCUUACUGGGCCCAGUGGAAGACCUGUAUCGAAUCCCAUUUUGUAGGUGUCAGCCCAAAUAACCUUAUUGGGCCCAGAGUAGGGCCUUUAUCGAAGUCCAUUUGUAGGAGUCAGCCCAAAUAACCUUACUGGGCCCAGUGGAAGACCUGUAUCGAAUCCCAUUUUGUAGGUGUCAGCCCAAAUAACCUUAUUGGGCCCAGAGUAGGGCCUUUAUCGAAGUCCAUUUGUAGGAGUCAGCCCAAAUAACCUUACUGGGCCCAGUGGAAGACCUGUAUCGAAUCCCAUUUGUAGGGGUCAGCCCAAACUAUAUGGGUAUAAAAUUGAAAUUUCAAUAUAAUAUAAGAGGCCCACUAAUAACAGUCUCUGCAAGACAAGCAGAAUUCUUGAGGUCGAGAGUACAGCAAUUUCUUGCUUGUUUUCGUGUUGUGCAUCUCUCACAUGCGGUUUCUGCUCCUCCAUCGUCUCUGGAAUCUUGAGGUGCUCCGCUAGGCUUGCAUACUGCGGCCUGUUCGGAGUCUCCUUGGUGGUUUCAUGGGUUCUCAGAGAGUUCGCAGCUCCUCUGACGGAGAAGAUGCCAUAUCGAGGAAAUGCGCGAAGCCGGGAUGUAAAGGGUUGAAGAAGGCUAUGGAGUUUGAUCUGCAAUUGCAAACGGAGGAGUGUGUGAAGGGUGGGUCCAAGGAGAUUGAUAAAUUGCCGUGGAAGGGAGGUAGUGAGGCUAACCCGGAUUAUGAGUGCUUGAGGUCCGAGCUGAGGAAGAUGGCACCACCCAAUGGUCGAGCUAUUUUGCUCUUUCGGGCGCGCUGUGGCUGCCCCAUCGCGAAGCUUGAAGGCUGGGGGACUAAGCGCGGGCGGCGGCAUAAGAAUGGGAAGCUAUGCAAGAAAGUUUCGGGGGCUCGGUUAGCAUACCCCAAGUAAUUUGUUUCUGGGCUCUGGCUACAUUGGGCAUUAACGGGGGAGGAGGCCAUCGCUGAUCAUCGAUGGCGACUUCAUUCUCGAGAAGACCUUCCAUAUAACUUACUUUCUCUUUCCAUCAUUUUACUUAUUUUUAGAUGGUUGUUCUGAAACAUAUGGAUUAUUAGAGCUUUCUUUUAUAAGAAUUCUAUAACAUAGUGAUAUUCAUUUUCAGAAACAGGCUUCCCCCAUCCCUGCAUUAGCCUGGGGAGACCCUCCCUCUCCCUCGCCCAUGGAAAUUGAAAUAUAUACCCAAACUUACUGCAAAUAAAACGAUAGACAAUGAUGAUUA